AUGACGAGCGACCGAUCUGCAGGCCUCUAUCCGCGAUACUGCCUUCACCUCUCCCCAACGUUUAACACAUGGUGUCUCCUGCACGCAUCCGACAUCCACGCCCUGGAAUCCGUGCCCGAAUAUGAAGUCCAGAAUUUCUAUUUUCACAAGAACCUACCUAUCAAAUGGGCGCGCAUCGUCGGCAUCGUAGUCGCCAUUGAUGACUUCCCGGGCCGGCGCAUCUACACGGUUGACGACAGCAGCGGGGCCUGCAUCGAAUGCGUUGUCGCGCUGAAAACGCCGCCGCCGUCGGACGCGAGUGCUCCGAAACCCGACACGAGAGGAUGGCUCAGCAGCAACAGGCCGCAGCCGCAGCCGCCCGCGGAUUGCGUCGACGUAGACGUGGGCAGCGUCGUCGACGUCAAGGGGGGGCUCGCGACCUUCCGCGAGGAGAUGCAAAUUAGGGUCGAGAAGGUCAGGAUCCUCAAGUCCACGGAGCAGGAGGUGGCGCUAUGGGAACGCCGUACACGGUUCCGGAACGAGGUGCUUCUACAGCCGUGGGUGCUCAGCCAGAAGCAAAUACAGAAGUGCAAGAAGGAAGAGAUGGGGGGUACCACAGGUGACGACAACGAGGAGAAAAGGCGCGCGGAGAGGAAGAAAGUGGAAGAGGAGAUGCGGCAAAAGGCCGAUGCCAUGGCGACGACGGCGAAGGAAGACCAAUACCGCGCCUACAAGCUGAGAAAGGAAUCGCAAAGACUGCCGAAGCCUUUGCUGGCUUCUGCAGCUAUGGGUUCGACCGUAGAAGAUGAUAGAUACCGUAUCCAUAAGUUGAGGAGGUCCGGGGCCAGGAGCUCCGAUAGAAGAACAGGUGUACCCGGCGGUCUCUUGCGGCAGGUCCUCGAUGACAGCAUCAGGGAAAAGGUCGACACCUUGGGACGUUGA